CGCAUUGUUAUCGAGGAAACGCUUGAGAUCGUCGUCGGUCCAUGGUAGCAACAAGAACAACGCCAAGGCGUUUGAAACACGACCAUCAUCAAAUCAAACCUUGAUCUUUUCAUUCGUUAGUUGUAAAUCCACGCUGUCACCAGCCCGGUGGAGCAGCUGGUCAGAACGGUUUGGUUUUUUUUUCCCUCCCAUUGAUCUGUAGGCCGAAGCGGCUGCCAUGGAUUUUUAAGUCAUAAUGCGGCACCUCUAAUGCAACGGCAAUGCAUCGUGCAAGGCAAAAUCAACUGCGAAACUCAAUCUUCGCAACUGCAAAGCAGUUGGGCUCAAAUACCGUCCGCGGUAUACCUGCGAGCCAGCCGGUACCUCUGCUACUGGACCGGAGGAAGCUAACGCUAGCAAGCUAGUCAUCUUAGCAAGUAGCAUCAAGUGAAAGAGCGAUCCAUCGAUUCAUCUGAACACCAUCAACACUACCGAUCAAAAUGAAGCCUCAAGACAUCCUCGCCGGGAAGACCAGCCUGUGGAUCUUCGGGUACGGGUCACUGGUGUGGAAGCCUGACUUCAAGUACAAGAGGAGCAAGGUCGGUUACAUUCAAGGCUACAAGAGACGUUUCUGGCACGGAGACAACUUCCAUCGCGGGAACGACGAGUUGCCCGGAAGAGUGGUGACGCUGAUUGAAGAUGAUGACGCAAGCACUUGGGGUGUGGCGUUUGAGGUGACAGGCUCUCAAGUGGAGGAGUCCCUGAAUUACCUCAAUGUGCGCGAGACAGUUUGUGGCGGCUACAUCACCAGAAUGGUGGAUUUCUUCCCCCAGGGGGAGAACCAGGCGCCAGUUCAGGCGCUGUUGUACAUCGCCACCUCUGACAACCCCCUGUAUCUGGGGCCGGCCAGCUCGGCGGAGAUUGGCGCCCAGAUCGCAGUGUGCAGAGGGAAGACGGGCCACAACCUGGAGUACCUGCUCCGGCUGGCCCAGUUCAUGAGGAGCAGCUGCCCACAUGUGGAAGACCACCACCUGUUCUCCAUCGAGGCAGCAGCACUGACCGUGGUGGUCUAUCUGUUAGCUGACAGUAGCUCGUACCCCUUGUCUCACUAGCUUAUAGUGAAUGAAUACACCAAACUAACACACAUUUCUACUGAGGCUUUUCAUUGGUCAUACUAGUCAACCUAUUUUUUAUGUUGUAAAAUCUCUAGCUUCACAAUACCAUCCUGUGCACUUAAAUCCAUUGAAAGCAUGAUUAUUAAGGGUUUUUUUUUUACUUCAAAUCAUAAUGUAAAACCUGGUACAAGUUCUGUACAUCUAGAGAAAGGCAUUAACGAUUAAUAGAUAUCAACUGUAGACAUCUGUUUUUAGAAAGCACAUCAAUGGUUUUUAUUUUUAUUUUUCUUAAUUUGCACAUUUUAGAUUCCAUCCAGCACAUUCAGAUGUUACAGGAAUUAUUUGUUAUUCAAACCUGUCUCAAAUUCACCUUAUGGCUGCUGUGAUGUGUUAUAAAGGUGUAGACCUGUUUUUUAAAAAGUUGCUUGUGGCAACUAUUCCAUCCAGUGUAAAGGUAAAUGCCAAUUAAAAAAGUUAAAAGAA